CUUUUCAGUAACUCCAUCCCUCUCACCAAUGGCAUCCUACAUCCCCACGACCAACCCAUUCCACCCAGACAACAUGUCACGGUCCUCCUCCCUCUCCAGAGUGCUGGUCCAGUCCAACGUCCUCCACAUCCUGCUCGCUCACGCUCUGUCCACCGAAAAAGAAGAGAUCAUGGGAAUGCUUAUGGGCGACUGGAUCAAAGAGGGUGCGACGGAAAUCGCACGCGUUGAUGGCGUCUCGUUGCUCACCCGGUCAGAAAAACGCAAGGACCGUGUCGAGAUUGGACCUGAGCAAUUGACUAUGGCGGCUAUUGAGGCAGAGGAAAUUACAAAGGCAACCGGAAAGACUACACGCGUUAUUGGAUGGUACCAUAGCCAUCCUCAUAUCACCGUGUUCCCAUCGCACGUUGAUCUUCGCACACAGCUGUCGCAGCAACUCAUGGACCAGAGGUUCAUCGGCAUGAUCGUAUCGUGCUUCAGCACCGACAGCGAGCUUUCCAACAAGAUCCAAGUGACAUGUUUCCAGUCUAGGCCAUCAGACGGCGCCUCCUGCCAGCAUAUCAAACUACCAUUCAGCGUGCUGAACGAAAAUCCGCUAGAUUCUCUCACACUACCCAAACUUCUCGAAAUUCCUGAGCGCAUAUUCGACGAGCAGCGCCAAUCAUUCUACAAAUCUAUACCCAUGUCGACUCCAGCACCGCACGACUCUCCAUUCUUUACCAGCCAUGCAGUAUCGCCGCCCGAGCGACCCAAUAGCUCGAACAGUGGAAAGGGUUCAGGCGGAAGAGAAGAGAAGCGUCGGCUGUUUUCAUUGCCGUCUACAAAAGCAUUCUCAUUCUCGUCAUCGUCCCAAGGCCAAAAGGAUCGGGAGGGUGACACGAUCAUGUCGCCAACGUCUGAGAGUGAAGUGGAGGAGCAUUUCUCGGUGGCGAAGAGGAGCAAGAAUGACCGUGGAUCGAUGGAUGAUAUCCCUGCAGAGGAGUUGAGCACAAAGUAUAUCAAUCAAAAGACAAUGUCGCUACCGGACCGGAUGACAUUGAUCAGGAACUCUGGCGUGUAUGUUCAAUCAUUGUCAAGUCUUGUCGACAAUCUGGUCGGACCCACGCUACAGAUGCUUGUCGACCGCCAGCAGUACAACCUAUCCCUGCUUGAAUCGCUCCAAAUCCAGAAACAGGCAUUGCUGCAUCAAAUCAAGUCAGUAGGGACGCUUCCUUUAGAGGAAGAAGGCGAUCUUGUCGACUUCUCGGACUCUUAGUCCAAACAUGUAUCUCAUGCCAGAUCUGAAUUAAAAACGAACAUUCUGUGUCCGUUAUGCCAAUCUUUCUCUUGAGAGAUUGAAAAGUGUAUUUUAAAUUCAACUAUAUCAUCGACUACACAUCCUUGUCUUCCUCGUCUGCAUCCUCGUGUGUGUCGUCGUUUUCCGGCUUGGGAGCAAGUCCAUACGGAUCCUGCACCAGAUUCUCCAUCCGUGCCAGCGCAGCCUGUCAAAAAAUGUGUCAGGAGGUGCAAAAGUUGUAGAUCAAACGAAAAAAGGAAGGGCACAGUGAGCACGCAUAAAGAAGCAUUCAAGAACCGAUCCAAAGACAAAAAUAAAUAAAAAUAGG